AUGAAGGCUGGAGUAGCCGCCCUCGCAGCCGGGAUCCUCGGCGGCACCGGCGUCUUGCUCUUCCUCAUUGCUUUUGGGACAGAUUACUGGCUUCUGGCUACGGAGACCUGCGGCGUCUUCCAGAGUGGCAACAGCACCCUGCAGAGCGUGGAGGCUGAAGCUCCAACAGAGGUCAGGCAGGAGAUCCUCACUUUCCACCACGAGGGGUUCUUCUGGCGGUGCUGGUUCUUUGGCGAGGGCCACUCAGAGACCAUCUGGACCUUCUGGUACACCAGCCAAGCACACCCCAAGUUCUGCAUGCAUGGUUACCUCUUUCCCAUGCCCAUCGCUCUCGGACCUUUCCCCCAUCCUUCCUACGACACAACAGCAGUGUACAGAGGCUUCUGGACGGCGUUCAUCCUGCUGGCUGUCGCCGCCGGGCUGGUGGGAGGGCUGCUCCUGGUGUGCGGCGUGCCCUUCGGCAGCCCCCGCUCCUACAAAGUCGGAGGCGGAUUC